AUGGGUAAUAAAAAUUCACGUUCAAAACAUGAACGAUCAGUAAUCAAAAAUAUACAAGAAUUUAACCAAAUAGAAUCAGAUCAAGAAAGACAUGAAAAGUUAUUGGAAUAUUAUUUCUCGAAUGAUACCGAUUUUAUGGAUAGACUUCAUGUAUUUCAUUUUCUUAGACAACAUGUAUUUCAAAGUAAUUUUUCUUCCCCAAUUGAAGAUAAAUUAAUUGAAGGAGGGUAUAAAGUUUUAGAUAUUGGGUGCGGCCCUGGUACAUGGUCAUUAGAUUUAUCAAGCAAACAUGCAAAUUCUAACUUUAUUGGAAUUGAUGUUGAACCAAUGUUUCCACAUGAAAUAAAACCAAAUAAUGUUAAAUUUAUUGAAGCCGAUGUAUCUAAUGGAUUAUCAUUUGGUGAUAAUGAAUUUGAUUUUACACAUAUAGAAUUAAUGAGACUUAUUUAUACAUCAGAUAAAUGGGAUUUCAUUUUUUCUGAGUUCAUUAGAGUAACGAAACCAGGUGGAUAUAUUGAAGUAUCUGGUAGACGUAAUGAAGAUGUUGUAAGAGCUCCGAUUUAUAGUAAAUUGAUGGAUAUAGUUAAUAUAAGUGGUACAAAACGAAAUUUAGAUGUAAAUUUGAUUUAUAAUCUAGAAUCAAAAUUUGAGUUGCAUCCGAAUAUAGAAAAUGUUCAUCGAAUUGAAAAAAAAUUUAUUAUAGGACCCAAUGGUGAUAAAAUUGGUUUGAUUACUCAAGAUCUGGCUUUAACUCAUUUCAAAACAGGACCGUUAAGUAAAAUUCUGCCUGAGGAAAUGGGAAUUUCUGAAGAAGAAUACAAAAGUAUGAUAGAAAAAGAUCUAACCGAAGAAUUCGAACAAUCUUGUUCUGAAAGUAUUUAUGUUAGGAUUUGGGCGCAAAAACAAUUAAUGUAA